UCUAUAUUCUGAUUAGAUAGCAAAAAAUAAACUUUAUGUUCUAUGUAAUAAGAUUUAUAUUAUUUAACGUGACAUUACGUAUUUAUUUUUGUUUUGUGCAGAUUUAUAUUAUCGCUACACUGACAGCAUUGAAUAGUGAUUUCAUUGUUCUAUUUAGUUUCUGCUGGUAACAUGAUUUUGUAGUUCGAUUUUAAAGUUUAUCCUUUAGAGGUCCAUGUAUCCGUAAUGAUGGAGGGUUUAGCGCACGACGAGGAAAUUAUUUGGUCAUGCUGGGAGCAAAAAUCCCCAAGGGAUGUGGUCAGAGAGGCCGCAGCCAAGGGCACACACAUAGCCUUAGCCACCAAAUAUUUAAUGCAUAAAAACUCUUGGAGUGAAUCUACUGCAAAGGACUGGUUUGUGGCUGAAGUCAAAGCAUGGACUGUUCAACUACUAUUGCGGAAACAGAUAUUCAAAGUGCUGCAUAUUUUGGAUAAAGUUAAAAUUAAUCCUGAGGAACAUCUUAUGACACUUGCAGAGGUGUCAGAAUCAAUUGAAUACAGAGAUUUUAUAGUGGAACAUUUAGAGAAGCUAUUAAAAAAUAUGAUUCCUGAAAAUAUCCCCAAAUGGGAGGAGUUUCAAAGACAUUGGAAUCUGUUGAGAUAUCUUGAGAAAUCAUUUGAGACUGAUGGCAUAUUUAAACAAAAUAAAGUUUUUAUUGUGGGUAAAGAGAGAGUUUAUGUCACUGAGUCUGAGAUUAAAGCACUGACAAUAGAGAAAAUUGCGAAAUAUCCACCACAGUGGAAGAGCAAGAUAUCGACAACAUUAUUUUUCAAUUCAUUUGAGUUUUCACUUUUGGAUUUCUCCACUCCUCUUGAAAUGUGGAAUUAUUUAUUGGAUCAAAACAAAGCAAUGAUUCUCGUUCGAUGGAUUAAUGUUCAAUCAUCAGAAGUCGUGCGCGAUAUGAACGCUCGCUAUAAUUUUUUCAACAACGAGAGUUUCGUAAAAAGACUAUUGAAUGUCGACACAACAGGUUUCGAUAAUAAAGUUUUAGAAAACUUAGAUGAAGUAUUUCGUAAAUGGUCUAUCACAAACGAAAUGGUUGACAUCGUUGCUAAGAGUAAUUGCUUUGCGUAUACCAAAAUGUGUAUUUAUGACACUCUGUGCUCCUAUGGCAUAGUCAAUGAGGACGAACGCAAUAAUUUAUAUCAAAUCAUAGCAAGACUUGCUCGUACUCAAAAUUUGAAACUCAUUGAUGAUAUUUUUACUGAAUCAUGUUCUACCAUAAGCAAAGGUCAUUUUUAUGUGCAGUUGGCAAAGUAUUGUGUCAAAAAUAAACUCUAUAAAGUGCUAACGAUGUGCGUGGAGGGGAAUAUAUUAGACACAGAUUUAUCGGAGGUCGAACAAGAUGCGAAGGACUGUAUUGAACUUUGGUUGUUGUUUAAAAGUAUAGAGCAAACAUCCGACAGACAGAGUCACGUGCUGCCUGUUUACAAAACUUGUCAACAAAUAGCCAAGGACGACAUCGAUGAUUACAUUUCUUCCAAUCCGCAUUUAGUUCUCGGAAUGAUUUUGUUGGAGGAUGCUACUAAAUUGUUUGAUAUAUUUUCUAAAGAGGACUUUUUGCAGUUUAAGGACUUUAAACUGCCAAAUAAAAAAUAUAAAGAUAAACUUACACACUUGUUUAACGUCUACAAAAAACAUUCUAGCCAAAUGCUUGAAACUAAAGAUGUUAAUGUUUAUCAACUGUUAUCGGGAUAUAGAGGGUUGGAUGUUUCGAAAAUAUUUGAAUUCCAAUUAAUUAAUCAGAAUACUCACAAUCUGGUCAGUGAUAAACCUGACAGGCGGAGCCUGGGUAGCCUGUUGUCCAACGACGUGGAUGUAAAAGCAGCGUGUAUCAAAGCAUUGACACAGAGAGCCAUGGAAAUGCCAGAUUUUGCAAAUGAAAAGCUUAUGAAACGAUAUGGGUAUGUUGCUAAGCUAAAUCAUGUGUAUUAUCUAAAACAAUAUAGGCCUUGUAACGCAAGCCAGGCUUUUGUAGCACAACAAUAUCAGACCUAUAAUCGUCUUCAAGAUAAAAGCAUAAAGAGUGCUUGUUGCGAAGCCCACGCGUUAGCAUUACAGAAUUGGUACGAUCCCGCAAUGACGGCUUGUGCAGUGUCGUUCGUUGCUAUGAUCGGAUGUAACCCGACAAGAUGCCGGGUGCAUAUGUCCGCUGCGAAAAUGAUGAAAGAUCACAUGAUGAACUAUAAAGGCGUUACCGAGGAAAAGGCUAACAAGACUGUUAAUGAAUACAUGUCUAAACUGAUACAGAGCAAUGAUGAUGCUGCUAAAGACAUAUUGCGGUAUUUGGAAGAGAUAACGACAUGCAAGCUACGGGAGAAACAACGAGUUGAUGGCAAAGUUGAUAUGGCCGUUGUUCUGUACGAAUCUCAAGUUAUGGUUAAAUUUGCAAUUCUACACAAUUUGCCUCUACCCGAAUCACAACUGAAAGUGUUUGUGAAAACUAACUCUUGGUUCAACUUUUUACUUUUCGGCGAUGUAUUCCGAUAUCCUCUUCCCCAAAUGUUACAAUUGUCGCAAGAGUUCGAGAGGCAGUCUUAUGCGGAGCAUUUGAAGCAUAUUAUGCUGCACAGGAAUACAGAAGAAGUUUCAGACAAGGACUACAAAUCCAAUGUUAGUAACGGCCAAAGACGACUAUCAAGAUUGAAUUCAGUUGAUGUUAGUCCAACACAUGGUAAUUCAUUCGAGUUUCCAUCGAGUGCGUACAUGGGCCGAGAGUUAUGGGAGGUGGCCGCGGCGUGUCAUGGCCCUGAAGAUCCACCCGCGGCGCUACUGCGAGCCGCUGACCUCUGUCGCGAACCGUUGCUUGUGCUCAUCGCCAGUUGUUAUGAGCCAAACGCAGUGGAUGUGUUGUGGGUCCAGUGGAUCUUAGCUUCAUUAGGGCCGAGCACGCUCAGACAAAACGUGAUGCAGUCGGUAAUAGCGCAGCAGUACAAACCAGACGAGCAGUUCCAGAAAGUGGCAGAGCUCUGCUUGAUGGAAGGAUACGUGACUACACUGCACGAGUCCAUGCUUAUAUUUAUGCCGGAAAGUCCCCUAACACUCCUGUCUUCUUUCCUUCACCGCUGCAUUCGCCAACAUAAUUUCGACUCUGAGAGCACUAAACUCUUAGCAAGUUUUUUGCAACACUGCCAAAGGAAAUACAGCGUAGAUGCCAAUGGAUUCCCAUGGUAUAUGUCUAAAGAAGCUCUUCAAAGAGUGGCGGUUUCUUUAGUGAAGAUUGCACUUGGAGAAAAUUUCGAUAGUGCGUAUCAUCAAAGGGAAUUCUUACGGCUGUUAUCGACUGUUGAAUUUGAAAAAGGAUUUAUAGUGCCGUCGCCAAACUUUUUAAAAAUUUACGAAAUAUUGCAAAUAUCGAUGGAGACUUCAUACGUGGUCAUCGUUUCUAAGACGCUUCAAGACAAUGCACGGGAGUAUCUGGCAGAGUGUGUCGAAAUAUACACAUCCACCCAAAACUAUGACGUGGCUCUGAAGAUAGCAAAACUAGCAGACAUUCCAGCCAACGAUAUUUUAACUGCCGAGUGGACGCAUAAAUACGAAAACCUUCUUCUUAGAGAUGACGUCGUGGGCGAUAAGGAUGUAACGCUGUUUUUAGCCCAAUGCAGUGAAGCGUUCAAAUCAGCAGCCGUGUCCUUCAAACACGCGACAGACUUUCUGAUACAGUACGUCGGUAAAAUAACGGAUCCAGUUCAGAAGUUCUACUCCUACAAGGUGAUAAUGAGUUGGUUCGAAGACAACCUUGUCUACGGCAGCAAUAGAGAAGACAUCGAACACUUAAUGUGGGACGCUUAUUUCAAAGCGGAUCCAAACAGCGUAUUCCUGAGUAACUAUCGCAGUAUCUUGCAUUACAUCCUGAACGGACAGAAAGAUGUUAAUGUUCCAAGAGAAAUGGCGUCAACGGACGCGAACAAACCGUUCACGAUGAUGUUGAAUGAGAUCGAGAUGGAGUCAGAUGUAGGGAAUAUCGAAAACGUUGUUCUAUUGGAAGAACCUGACUCGAUCGAGAGCUGGAGAAAAGUUGUGCAUCAGCUACUUGAGUUGAAGUUGAUUGUUGACGCGUUCCGUUUGUCGGCGUUGUUUAGGACUCCCCCUGAGUACAGAUACUGGCCGCUGGCGUGCCCCGUUCAGAUAUUCAGAACGUGCCUAAAAUUGGCUGAAGGCAGUUGCUCGCCGUACGAGCUUCCGCAAGAGUUAAGGCUUGUGAUUGCCUCGCCUAUAUUGCAAAAUAAACUUUCAGUGUCCGGAGUGUCCGAUGCCAGUUUCGAGGAGCUGGUGGUGAUCCAGGAGAAGCAAGACAACGUGCCGGAGAGCUCUCACCUGGCGGCGCGCGAGGAGGCCGACCGGCUCUCCGCACUCGACGCGCUCGCCGUGAGGAGCGGGCUGGCGCUCGUGAAACAGGUUGCCAGUUAUUUCCGCAUAGCGUUACAAAUAGGGUGGGAUUACGGCUCUGUAUUGAAGUAUCAGAAUCGCGCCAUAGACUUCAUAAACUUUGUCAGCGGCCGAGCGAGGAUGUCGCUCGCCAACCUCGUGUUUAAAACGUUCAACAUACCGACAAAACAGAUAGCCGAAUACAUCUGCUGUGAGAUGGUUGCGGCAAUCAUAUCGCCACAUCUAGUGAAAACAUCAACGUUCAGACAAAAGGAGCACUUCCAAUACACACUAUGGGGAUAUGCGUUAAAUUCCGACAUGGAAAUGUUCCUCAACAUGCGACCAGACGCCUGCAGCCAAGUUGGAAGACUGAUCUUGGACCAUCUGGUCGCAUUCCAGAAGAUAUACAAAGUGAAUGCGACGUUACGUCUUCCAGAAAACACGUUUGACGACAGCUGCCUUGAUGUGGAAACACUAAUUGAUGAAGAGUAUCAAAAUGUUGAAGGUAGCGAAGUGGAAUCAGUAUUGACUGAAGAAGGCACGCUGAUGUCGGCUGAAACUGAGUCUCUAUACUCGGUAUCGACAGUGUACACCGCGGGAAACAAAUUGUCAAGGGAUACGAGACGCAAUUUGUUCGAUGUUAUUGCAAGGAAUAACGUUCAAAUUCGAUAUGAAGUCAAGUCGAAUAUAAGGAAGAUUACUAAAGGCGCCAGGCUUUCCACAAAACAGGUGAACAUCAUCUGCAUCGAGCUGCUGGUGGUGGCGCACGAGUGGUUCAGCAGCGCGUGCGACACGGAGGGCGUGGCGGUGUCGGUGCGCUCGGCGGCGGCGCUGGCGGCGCGCCUGCUGGCGGCGCGCUCGUGGCGCCUCAUGGUGCGCCUGCUCACCGGCCUCGCGCGCUACCACGAGUGCGCAUACAUCUUCCAGGCUUUACGAGAAAAUCACCAGUUCGAAUAUCUCCUCGGCCAAUUUGACUACAUGCUCGGCCAGCAACCGGACAAAAUCGCAGAGUUCAAGCAGGGUCUACUGGACUUCCUCAAAACACACUGUCCAGGCGACACCGACACCUAUAUCAUGGUCGCACUGCACUUCAACAUGUAUGCGGAAGCGGCCCAUGUGAAAAAGAAACAAGCCAUCAACCUGAUUGAGGAUUUGGAGAAAAUGGCGCUCGAUGCUGCUAGAGCUACAUCCAAGAAGCCGUUCAAACCACCCACAUGGCUGCUGAUCCACGACAGCCAGCCAACGAAAAUACUGCUAGAGACAGCGCUGAACCACUGCACUGACGCGGCGGAGUUGUAUUUGCAGGGCGGUUGUACCGGCUUUGCGGGAGAGAUGGCAGCACUGGCGCAGCAAAUUGCUUUACAGAUGUCGCUUCUAAACGCAUCGCCCACAAGGCUCAUAUUGAAUCGCAGCACUGAGCAGAUGUAUAAACUCGUUAGUGAAUAUUUGAGCCUGAUGGAGGGCGUGGUGCUGCUGGCGGGGCGCGGUGGCGCGGCGUGGCGCGAGCUGGCCUACCGCCGCGCGCUCGCCAACGACCAGGCCUACCUGCGCGACAUGGCGCUCUACCGACCCGACGUCGCGCACGACUUUCUCAACAGAUAUAAGACGGAGAGAAACAAAACGCCCGUGUCUCAAGCCGCGAUGACUGAACUGCGUAAUCUGUGCAGAUGAUAUAAGAUUAAAAUUUAAUUUUAAGGCAAUGUGUAAUACUCGUAUAUUGCAUGUGUGACGUCCCUGCCAAAACACAUUCCGCAGGAUUGAUGUGAGAUUUCGUUGCAAUAUUAUUAUAAGCCAAAUAUGUAAUAAUUCGCUAUCUAAGUGUAUUAUUCAAUCGAAAUUAUUUUAAAUUAUACUUUUUUUUUUAUAUUCUGUGAUAUAUGUAGACUUGACUGAUGAAUUUAACUGUAUUUUUAUAUCAUGUUUAAUUAUUAAUAAAGUGAUUCCAGUUAUA